AUGUCAGCUGUUCCUUGGAAGCAGGAAAUCAAUUUCGGGAGUGCACUGCUGCUGCAUUCUUGUAUCACUGUCUUUCUCAAGGAGAUCAGCAACGGCUUCGCAGUACUCUAUCAUCUCUCAAUCCGUCAUAGGGACAAGGCUGGAAUCAAGACAUCUAUCGUGCUCGAUGGCUACACUUCGGUCUUUUCGAAAGAUCACGAUGGUGAGCUUGCAGAGCUGUACUUUACCAACACUGGGUUCAUUCUCUUGAUCGUCUCCCUCGCCUGUGCUAUCGCGAUGAACCUACUUCUACCAGCCACUGUACUCAACACUCUUAUCGCAGCGACAUUCGGCUUGACAUUCUUCGCAUCAGCAUUGGUGGCUUGUCGAGAGAGAAGCCUAGUGAUGCCGAUCAUGGCAUUGAGAAGGGCUGGUCGAUUCAUCUGGUCCGAUACUCCGUUCGUGAAUUUCUUCACGUUGAUCUAUGUCGCAGUAGUCUUGAAGGGUUCAUCUGAUAAGAUAGUACUCAGAGACUACGUGGUGUUUCGGUCUAUUGCCAUCCUUGAGUUGGUGUUCAUGAAGGCGAGAAUCGCAGCGGCUUCUGCAGAUAUACAGCAGACGAUGUUGGAACGACUCCUCGACAGUGAGUAUGUUAUGGUCAGAGGCAAAGCCUUUCCAAACCCACGAACUGCGCCCCCUUUGCUCGAGCGUGACCGCAUCGUCUCCUUCUCCAGCUCACAGCGUCUCUCCGUCAUGCUCUACAAAACGACUAUCGGUUACGCGGAUGGUUCACUAUGUGGCGCUUCCGGCCCUGCCGCCAUCACAGUCCCGAAGAAUUCUGGAUUCUUCAUCGACGAGGCUGAGGAGCGUGGCUGGCGCAUCUACCGCGUCUCGCCUACCCUCAUCGUCAUCGAGGAUUGUGUUCAAGUGAUGAUCACAAAGUUGCGCGAGAGAGCGCCAACGAAAGAAAGACGAGGCUUGGUGUUGCUCUUCACUCGGUUCAUAGCAUGGACUCAUGGGGUACUGCUGCGGCGGUUAGGUAGGCGAAGAGUCGUCUGGCUAUCGAGAACGAACGGACAUGGAUCGAAAGAGGAUUACUGGAGAGGAAAUGCUAAUCUUGUGACGGGCUUGAAGGAAAGCUGGUUGCACAGCCGACAAAAGUUCAAGUGUCUAGACCCUGUAGAAAACAAUGCGCUGAUAAGCUUCGAGAUGCCGGGUAGGAACCAGAGCAAAGACAACACCAAGAUGCCAUCCAACAUUACCGCUGCCACUACCACCCCACUCCACACUCCUCUGUCCUCACCCAGGUUCGCACCCCCACCACAAUCUCAUGUUCACUUCGGCGCCACUCCCCACCGUAGUCCUGUCCCGCGCUUUCCUUCCUCCUACUCCCACUCGAAAAAAUCCUAUUUCCCUAACCAGCCUCAAGCACUAGGCACCCAAGUCACUCUACAGGACUCAUCUUCAUCUCCAAGAAAACCAGCUCAAAACUUUGUGGACAUGCUGACACAAGAACAACUGAAAUCUAUGUCUGAUCUGGACAAAGAAGAGGAAGCGAGGCUAUCAAAGACACAUCGGGAGAAAUUGAGGAAGAUGGGUACGGGAAUAUCUAGAUUCGUUGGUCGACUGAAGAAGAGUGGUAGUAGUGUUGAGAAGGACGGGAAAUCGAAGCAGGGGACCGGGGAGCGCAUUGAGGAGGGUUGA